CUAUCGAGCUAUAGAAACACGAGUGGAAGUUUGGGAGAACGAGAAAUGCUGUAGGAGCACGAGCCGACAGGUGAGUGUUUCCAGAGCUUUAUCAAGCUCUCCCAAACGUUCACGAGUGUUUCUAUAACUCGAUACAACACGAAGAACAUGUCUUCUAUUUCUUAAUUAUUGCAGAUUCUUUAAGAAAACACCACGACGAAUAAAAGAAAACAACUUGUUUACUUUGAUCAUGAAUGAAUGAAUGGAUGAAUGAAUGAAUGCUUUAUUUGCUUGAUAAUCAAAAUGUAAAUUCUCUUUGCUCGCGCCAUCGUUUUAUCGAUUCUAAACCAAUUAGCGCGCGUAUUUUCUUUGGGCUAUUUUCUAAAACUACAUAGAAAGUGUCAAAAACUUGUCAGCAAGAGAUGGUCAUGUGCACAAGUCUAUGUGAAAGAAACUACGCGAUGAAUGAAAUGAGGAAUUGGUUGGAAGGGAACAAUAACAAACAAGCCGUAACUGCAAAUACCUCAGCAGUCGAUAGCUGUAGGUAACCAUCGUUUUCGGGUUGGGUCGUAUGAAAGCGGAAACUCACCCCUCCCCUUGUCAUUCAAUCGGUCAGUCAGCUCUCACGAGACUCUCUGUUAUUAUAAUACUCGUUAGGAGGUGCCAGACAGUUUCGUCUUAGGCAGUGAAUGUUGCUCUCGGCAGGUUUGGAUCUUGUCUUCGCAUGCAAUCAGUUCUCCCAUUUUUUUAGACGUGGCAUGACUUCAAGAAACAAGCCACUUUCAGUACAAAGAGCGGGAUAUUUGAGCAAGGUUACCGAGGUGAGCAGUGUGAUAUUGCUUUAUCUCUAAUAGCUUCGAUCUGUCUAUUCUGCUCCCAAAACAAGCAUUACAGCCACCGCUUUGUAUUAUUACAAAGUAAUAUUGCAAGGCCAUGAGUCAAUUUAUUUUCUGCCGCUCCUGAAAAUCGUCCUAGAAAUCGCCCAAUUAAAGUUUGUCAUGUCCCAUACGUUAUGACGCAUGGGACAUGAUGACGCAUAACUUCUGACGCCCACAGAAAGAUGAAGGUCAUAAAUACGCAUGCUAAACGAAAAAUUACUUUUUCCGGCUCGAGUCAAAACAAAAGUUACUGCACUGGGAAAAGAUCAUCUGUAUUUACUUUCUUGUCAAGGCUUGUUUAAAUACUGCAUGAAGCGUCCGUAUAACUUCGUGGCCCAUUUUUACAAAUAAGAACACUUUCUUUUCCUAGCUUUUCACAUCUUUUCGCAUAAUUAAAUUAAUAUUCUUUCACUGAUUUCGUUUAAACCGCAGCAGUUUAAGCCAGAAACCAAAGUGUACUCGUAAUCGUGCGUGGAUAAAUUUAAUACUGUCUAAUUUGGUAAAUUUGUUCAGUCUGAACUUGCAAAAAAAGAAAGCUAGUAGAUUAUGUAAGAUUACUGCCCGAAUACGGCAGAAUACGAGUUUUGAACGUUGACUUGACCUCGUCACGGCUGCGUAUCGCAUAACUUGCUGUUUAUAUGAUAUAUAACUUCAUAGCCCGAGGGAAAGCCGGAUUGUUUUACGAGAUUUAAUUACAGAAUGACUCAAAUUGUGCACCAAUCAAAAAUCUGUCCCGACUCUCCUAAAAACGCUCUGUGCCAGAAUAUUUUUCCUUUCUGAUGUACCAUGUCAAAGUAAAACAACAAUGAUGACAAUACCAUAAACUUCUGAAAGUAGCGAGGAUAAGUAACGACCCUCGUUACUUUUGGAAUUAGCACGAGUGGCCUCUUUGAAGUCUUCGAGACUCGUUACUUUCAGCGGGUCGUCACUUUCGAGGAGCAAAAAACGUUUUAUAAAGUUGGUAGGAUUGAGCUCUUUUUACGAAAUAAAAGAUGGAAACUCUUAAAAAUACGGUUUUUAAGACAUGAGAUACAAUUUUUCGUUCCAGUUUAAUUAGUCUUAAAUCUACGUUGCUGUCACAUGGGAAGGCAGUUCAUGUCUAGACUGCGUUGUCAGUGGUCGGCACUUCAUGACUCACCGCUACGUUAGUAGUCUGCUCUAACCAUAUCUCAGUGCACUGGUCGAGUUUCCAAUUUUAAUUUGAAGAAAAGUUUUUUUUUAAAUAAGCUCCUGUUGAAAAUGAUAUUAAUUUGAAUCAAAGUUUCCUAUAUUUCGGUCCCGUUACUUCGUGAUGAAAAUUCUACGGGAUUUGUUAUAACACGGCGCAACAUUAACUGAUGAAGCACGACUUGACAUCUCACAACGCUUCAUGGCAUGUACCUUCCCUUGUUGUAGAGUGCCUUAAAGCAAGUUACCAUACGUAACUUUCAUCUGAAUAAUGAUUGGAAAAAAAUGAAUAUUGAACCUGGGUCUAUUUUCGGGAAGGGGGCGGGGGAGAGGAAGAGGGGAAGGGGUUUCUGGUGGGUUCGCUACUUUCGCGGGCCACAAUUUUUUGACGUUACUUUCGGGGGAUCGCUACUCUCGGAAGUUUACGGUAGUAAUUUGAUGAUAUUUGGGUUUUUCCUUGCUAAGGUAGAAAAACGUUUCUGAGCUUAUUUUUAAAUGAAACGAAUUUGUUUUUAAAGAUUGUGAAAACUAUGGAUAAGUUGAUUUUAAAUACCGCUUUCUUGUUAAUUUUCAAACAACGCUCCACCGAGUCGAUCAACUGCUGUCAAAUUUUCAAUGGAAACGUGUACAGACAACAGCUUGUAUCUGAUAUGCGUUCUUUCUGCCUUUUGAGCAGGCUUAGUUUUUGGGCCCGCUUAAACAUCCGCGAGCCCGCGAGCAAGGUUUGCUUGCAAGCUAGACAGGUCCUUCCUCGCCAGCGCUGUGAGAGGUAAACAGUAGGACACGCGUUUCGCCUUAAUUUAGUGAUAGAGAAAUAAAUUAAAAGCAAGCGAUUAACCUCUGAACCAAAAACAAACGAAUUAUUUACGUGUAAUUUUCAGGAAAAAAAUUAAAGUUGAUUACUUUCUUUUGAUCGCUCCGCAUCGAGGAUUAAAUCGGAUUUAAAAAAGCGAAUGACAAGACGAUGCUCAAAAGAGGCUUCAUCGCAGAGACCCGGCCGAACGCAAGCCUUUUUCUCUGUGGGACUCCGUUCGGUCAUCUUGAGUUUUGCCUUAUGUCGGCCUAAUGAUUCUUUUGUCAAGAGCUUCGCUAUUUUCCUUUAUGUUGCUAAUGAUGUGUGAAGGAUAAUAACAGCACUUUUUAUUCUCCUUGUGGUCAGUAUGAUAUAGUGAAAGGUGAAUAUCGAUUUCUCGCUGGAUAAUUGCCGGGCCUUAUAAAGAGAAAUGCCUGUAUGUGGCUUUACAGCAUGCUGCAUGAAAACAACGAGGUAAAGCCCAUCUAUUGUCUGGUGUAUAUGCAACUUAUGGCGAAACCGAUGUUUUAAAAGCCAAAUUUUCGCUUUCUUCACAAACCGUUUGUUUUGCAAAGGAAACUUUUCAAGCACCUGUCCAUCUUUUUUCUUAGUUAGGACUUCGCGCGGUCUAAAAUGCGGUUAGCCUUCCUUAAAAGCCACGCACUGAAUCGUGCACUAAAUUAAAAAGUCGGAUUUCUAAGUUAAAAGCUUGGAAGAUUAGAGCGAGAUGAAAUUCUGAACUGCGACGUUCUGGAAUGAUGGAAAUUUUAAAUGGCAUCAAAGCUUACGCCGUUUUUGAUAUUUUUCUUAAAUGGCGCGCGGCAUAAAAUAUUGUAAAUAUUCUGACAGUACUCGCUAGAACGGCAGUCGCUUUCACUUCUUUGUUGCAAUUAAUAUAUUUCUCAAGACAGUGCUGACGUGAAGUUGUGUCAGUAAACAAUAACCAAAACGACAGGUGAUCAGAAACUAAAAGCUGGCGUACUUGUCUUCCCGCCUGGUGCUGCAUGUUACCGCGGUGAAUAAUUCAUGCAGUUUUUCAUUUGCGCAUGCUUCAUAGACCAGCAGUGCACCGAAGUAAAUGAAAUGCUUGGCGGCCGGCAGUGUUGAGAGUUACUAAAUAUUCGCAUCGCUUAAUUCAUGGGGCGAUAAACACCAUCGAAGCGACCGAUCUUUUUCUCAACUCACAGCAACUCGCAGAUCUCAGGGAUUUCUGCAAGUGUGAUGUUGAAGUGCAUGUCUUAUGUGGUUUUGGAGGCAGCAGAUAGAGUCUCCUGCUGAAGAUGAGAAACGCUUACCACAACUCACCAGAAUUCAGACUGCAACUACUUUAGAAAUGGAAAUGACAGUAAAUGAUGGAGGAUUUCUCAAUGCAGUCAGGGAUGGAAGUUGUACUCAUGUCUUGAAUCUGUUGGAUAGUGGAGGUGUUGACUUGGAACAAAGAGACCAGAAUGGCCAGACCCCUUUGAUUAUUGCAGCAGAAAAAGGGAAUGUGGAAAUUGUUCAUGAACUGUUGAAAAGGAAUGUCCAAGUCAAUGUGCAGGAUGAGGAUGGCUGGACAGCGCUUAUUGCAGCUUGUAAGGAGGGGCAUAUUGAGGUUGUAAAAGAGCUUCUUGAAUGUGGUGCUAAAGUUCAGUUGCCAGACUUGGGGGGCUGGUCUCCUCUGGUGUGGGCGUCAUACAAGGGACAUGAAGACAUUGUUAGAGAGUUGCUGGAUUAUGGUGCGGACCCUAACGAGAGAGGACAACAUGGUAUGACAGCCCUUAUAUGGGCAUCAGGCCGCGGACACACUGAAGUGGUUGAUCAUUUAUUAGAAGCUGGAGCAAACCCUGACGCUGCAGACAAGUAUGGAACUACUGCCCUUGUCUGGGCCUGCAGGAAAGGCCAUUUAGGAACUUGUAAAAGUCUUCUCGCAAAACACGCCAACGUUGAUACUGCAAGCAGUCGAGGUUGGACUCCGUUGAUAAUGGCGGCUAAAGGUGGUUACACGGAAGUGGUGGAUUGUCUGUUGGAAAGGGAACCACACAUCAACGUCACAGAUCAGGAAGGAAAUUCUGCUCUGGCAUGGUCUGCAAAGCAUGGUCAUGAAGAGAUUGUACAACGGCUUCUAGCAAGAGGAGCUUACUUUAACUUGCCAGAUAAGGAAGGCGAGACAGUCCUUAUUUCAGCAGCCAGGGACGGCCAUUUAGAAGUGGUGAGGACUUUACUAAGCAAAUAUGCAGAUGUAGAAGCUGCCGAUGUGGAUAGGAAGACAGCCUUGUUUCACGCAGUGGAGAAAGGCCACGUUUUAAUUGUAAAGGAACUGUUAGAUGCUGGUGCCAACACAGAGACUCAAAACAAGGACGGAGAAACUCCUCUUAUUCGAGCAACACAGAAAAAGCACACGGCCAUCGUCUCUCUCCUACUUGAAAAGGGCGCCAGUGUUUCCGUUGCAGAUAAGCGAGGAGAUACCGCGGUCCAUGUCGCUGUACGAGGCAGAUACCGACGAAUUUGCGAGCUUCUGUUGAGGAACCCCAAAGACGCCCGCCUUCUUUAUCGUCCGAAUAAAGCCGGAGAGACUCCGUACAACAUCGAUCGACAACACAAACACAGUUUACUGACUCAAAUCUUCGGAACUGGUUUAUUUACUAUUGGAAAGAAGUGUAGUGAAGAAGUAAUGGGUUACGAAGUCUACACCAGUGCCCUCGCGGAUGUGCUAUGUGAGCCUUCGCUCACCAUGCCGCUGACUGUCGGAAUGUAUGCGCGCUGGGGAAGUGGGAAGUCCUUCGUAUUGCGAAGACUGCAAGACGAAAUGCGCGAGUUUGCUCAUCAAGAUCUUCGCCCUAUGUUUCACUUUUCUCGCUUCAUAUUUGUUCUUCUCCUGAUCUUCUGUGCAGUGAUUGGCGUCCUUCUCUCGGCGACUGUAAACCUCGCUGCAGGAGUCGCUGUCGGCGUAGGAAUCUUCUUAGCGUGUUAUCUUCUAUUUCUGUGCGCUUAUGUGGCGGACAGACGCUACAAUCGUGGCGAACCAUCUUGUGGAAUCGGCGGAUACGUAACUAAGGCAGUGGCCACUGUGAAACUCUUGUGUCAGCUUGUGUUUUGUAUUCCUCCGUGCCCCAGCGCCACGAAGCCAAAUUCGCCAGUUCGCUUCCUGUUCACGGACUUCAGUAAAUUAACUUGCAGCGGAAGCGAAGCUGCGUCGUUGGUCGGAAUGAUCGAAACUCUGUGUGACGUCGUCGAGAAAGAGUUCGGAUUUUUCGUGACCAGGUUGUACAGAGUAUUUCGGUCCCAGCCUUCCGAUUACGACGAGUCGUCGAUGACAGAGGCGCGCUGGAAACGAUGUUGUUGUUGCGUGCCGACGUUCACCAUCUUCCUGGUGAUUCUCGCGCUUGGAAUGAUCGGUAUUGUGUUUUUUAAAGUUUACGGGGCGGGCGGUGGCUCUGUUAUAACAGGCAUAGAAAUUGCGUCUGCCUCGAUUGUCGGGGUGGCCGUACUAGUCCACCUUCCCACGUUAUGCUCAAUCUUGUACUCGUUGGUUUUCUCGCAGAAAAAGCGAAUUUCAGUCGUAGCCACGCAGCUGGGGUUGAAGGAAGAGGGAUUCAUUCACGCUCUUAAACAGGAAGUAGAGCUCUUAACUGACUUGGUAAAUUGUGUCGACGGAUUCACAAGACAUCAGACAAGAGUUGUGAUCAUGAUUGAUGGGCUGGAUAAUUCUGAACAGUCCAAAGUGCUGCAGCUUCUUGACUCGGUCAAUCUACUUUUCACCGACCCAGAGGCGCCCUUUAUAAUAUUGAUGGCGUUGGAUCCUCGAGUGAUAAUCCGAGCGAUCGACCAAAGCUUCAGCAGUAUACUGCGCGAAUCACACAUCAGCGCUUCGGAUUACUUGAAGAGCAUCGUUCAGCUGCCGUUCUACCUUCCAGAGCCGAAGUCAAACUACACGGGCGUGCUUCCUGCAGGGGUCGUCACCCUGCUAGAAGACCUGCGAGGUGAACUGCAAUCUGACAACCCAGCUCUGGCCGAACGUUCGAGCGUGGCGGUGGACGAUUUAGAAUGGGACGGCGAAAUGCUGGAAUACAACGGUGACAAUUGCCUUCCCCAGGCACAGAGACUGUCCCGGGACUUGCACAACUGUAACGGUGGGGUCCCGAGUCGGGUACAUCCCGAGUUGGAGCUGCAUCAUUCGAUGUUGUACGAGCCUUCUCAUGAGGAGGAGCGAUGUCUGGAUCACCAGAAGCUCCUUGACAGAGAGCUGGAACUUGAAGAACGCCGGCGCAUCUCUACCGACCUUGCGCAGGUACUAGCUGAUAACGAGACUGUGAACCCGUUGGGUGUGAAGAGACUGAUGAAUAUCGUCUCCUUGACAUGUCGGCUCCUCCGAGCGCGUGGUAUCGAGUACUCCUGGAAGCGGCUCGCCGCCUGGGUCAGCGUAGUGGACGGCUGGCCGUACAAGACCUCAUGGCUUGUUCUUCUCAUCGAAGACAGCAACACCCGUCUACUAGAAAACGUGUCGUUGAAAGAUCUUUACGAAGCGACGUUGUCCGUCAUGCCGGUCAUUAAUGAAGUGGACUGCGCGGUGGAUGGAGACCCUGUGUAUUUUGAAACCUUCCUGGCAAGUCACCACCCGCUUCUUAGCACGUCUGACGUGCGGCGCUUCUUGCCGUGUACCGUUCAUCUUGAUCCAUCAUUGCGCAGGCAGAUGGUGGAGUGCUUACAGUCAGGAGUGGCUGUGACUGGUAAUAAAUCAGAUACUGGAAGUGUAGGCAAAGGAAACCCUCAUCUUCAGGUUGGUUGCUCAGCAAGAUCUGACAAGCAAGCAAGCUUACCUAUGCUAUCAAUCGAAGAUGUUUGUAAACAGAUUGCGGAGCUGGAAGGCCUGGAUCAGAAACAGAUAUCCACUUAUCAGACCGUGAUAACAGGAAAUAACAUUAACGGCAAAGUACUGGCAACGUGCGACUUGAACGAACUAGGACACAUCAUGGGCAUGACGUUCGGUGAUUGGCAGUUGUUCCGCGCAUGGGUACUGGCGGCCAGAAAACCUGCUCAGGAAUGCACGGCUUGUCACUUGAAUAGCAGAUGCGGUAGUCCAGGAGAGAUGAAUUGCCAGCUUCUCAAGACAUCUUCAGGCGGGUGGGAUCACGUCAAUCCGCUGACUGCACCUGGCAGGAGCAGCGCAGAUUCAGCGGAACAGGUUCCGCAAGAGUCUCCUUCGUCGAAAGCCCCGGAUAUAGUGUUACAGCCUCCUUCGGCGCCGGAGAGCGAGGAGGAAGACAAUAACGGUGAAACUGUCGACACGGUAGAGACAGAACUCGAAAAAGAGGAGAACGUAAAGAGAAUUGACGAGGCUUUUGACGACGAAGAAGAAGCAGAAGAAGUCGAGGCAACUGAUGCGGGUUUGAAUCUGAUUAAAACUAAAAGAGAUGAUGUUCUUAUUUCUCUUGAGGAUGACAUUAAUCUCCCUCCUCAGCCUGAGAUCCCGGCAGUGUUUAAUGACGAUGACGAUAACGACGACGAGCUCCCUGCCCCUCCCCCAUGCGGCGCUGAUUUGAUCACGUUUAGUGAAUCAGAAGAUCAGCGCGAACGCUCAGACCUUGAAAACGACAUUUUCCCUGUUCAGCCGGCUGAAUCGGCUACAUCAUUGAAGAAACCAAAUACUUCAACAGCAAUGGAGUGCACAUGCGAAAGCCUCCAACCUUUACAGACAAUUGAACCCGCUCAGGAAUGCAAACCUUCCAAGAAUUCGUUGUUUUUCGACACUGAAGACAGUGAAGACGUUGGUCGCCCUGUGCCUAUUGUGUUAACGCUGAACAGGAAUGGGCCUGUCAAGUCUGCUGUAGCCGUCAAGAGAAGCAACAGCGCUUCCGGAAGUAGCACCAGCAGUUCCGGUUCGCGUGGAUCGCCAAUUUCGCAGUCAGCUUCCGUUGAUUUUGGUCGCGAGAAAUCUAGACCCAGACUCUCUCUGUCAGCGCGACAGUAUUCGCUCCCAGAGCCCAGUCAUCUGGCGCGACCUCACUCUUCGACGGAUAUCAUCACUAUCGAACAUCCGCCAAAAUUUCUUAAAAAGACUCACGAGCGCCCGCGAGUUGACUCGGAUAACGAACCCGAGCCUUUUGCACUUCCUUCGGAUCGGUUGAUUCCGGAAACAACGAACGAGGGGAAAGACUUGAAACGAUUCAGUCGUGAUUCAAACGACUUCCCACCCCCUCCACCGUCCAUCGAAGACAACUCAAUUGAUGAUCAAGGGGACUCCCCUUGGGUUCCACUUAUGACUCGAUUUCAGGUUGAGGCCGGCGGUUCGCCCGUCUCUGAAAGUGCUGAGGAGCCGUUGUUACCACAGCGCCGUCCCAGGCCAAAAACGUCAACAGGCGCAAACGAACACAAAGUGCCAAAAUUCCGCACUUACACGCCGAAACUGAAACCAACUUACGUGGAAACUAAAAAUAGUCAGCAAGAGAAUCUGAAAAGCGAAACUUGCGUGUGAAAUAUAGCUUCUACGAACUCCAUCAAUUCGAGAAUCCUCGACGGCCUCGCUUUGGCAAUAGCCUCGUUUUGCUUUCAACGUCAUCGUCUUACGACAGGCAAAUGAGAUGUACGUUAGGCUUUUAGCUGGGAUAUUUUAGCAGUUAAAACGAUAUCAGAAACGGGUCCUCCCUGUUAAUUGUAGAUAGAAUGAACAUUGAGACAUAGCGAUAUUGUUGUGCGGUUUACGAGUGUUGUGAAAAAUUAACGAAUCACUUUGAAAAUGUACCACAUGGUGUAAUUGGACGUAGUGACAGAACGUCAAUUAACGUAUAGCAAACUCAAAAUACAAUCAGAAACAGCUUUUGUGUACUCGCGGAACGAGUUGGUUGCUGGUGUGAAUUGAAAGCAAGAAUUGUGAAUGAAAUUUUUUAAGUUUACUGGAGAGCGUUGUAUGAGCAGGCUUUUUGAGAUAAUCAAGUGCUUUUAAAUCUGUUUCUUAUUUUAUUAAUUUGACUUUGGUAAGGAGCUGACAAGAAAGUACUUUUUACCUGUAAUCAUAUAGAGAAUUUGUGUUUUUAUUUUUUAUUUUUUAAAUUCAUUAUCGUUACUUUGUUGCGAAGUUUGAUGGAGCUGUAUCAGUCGGUACAACUUGGAAUUUUUAGGCCUAACUUUUUCGGCUAAUUUUUUUCCUGUCCGUUAACUAUAAUUCCUUCUUUAGGAAAAUAUUAGUGUGUGUAUUGCCUUAAUUUCGAGGUAUAAAUUUUGCGCAAAAGGAAGUUUUCUCAAUAUUACAUAGUCAGUGCAAUACGGUAGCUCCUUUAAGCUUACUCAACGAGUUAUUUCGUUCUGUGGUGGUUAACUUUUGAGGCUUUGAAGUAAAUUAAGAAUUCUUAAGCCCAGUUAAGGCAGUCAGUCGUCAGUUGUACCAAGACUGUUACCUAACUUAUACUGUGUGUAAAACAGCCUAAGUAAUUGUUGCUAUUAGAGCUAUUUUUACUUGAGUGUCGAACAUAAUUGGGUUACAUGACUACGCUACAUGAUUGGUAUAUAAAGAAACUCGCGCCACUUCUUCAUCCAAUCAGAAGUAAAACGACAACCAAUCGUGAAUCGCUCGCACACGUUUUCCCGCGCUUCCUGACAGCUACAGCUAAUUACUUCGAGUUUUAAUGAAUUGGUUCAUUGCAUUGUCUGCGUCCUUUGUAGCCAAAAGUGAUUACCGUGGUUUUGGUUUUGCGACACUCAGUUGGAAACCGCUCAAGAUGCACGGGAAAACAUUUAACUGGCCAGAGCCGAGCGUAGGCCAGAGCUGGCCAGAGCCUUAACAAGCUAGAGUCAAGCGCGGGAAAACACUUAACAAGCUAGAGCCAAGCGCGUGUGGGAACACAUGAAAACGGUGCCAAGCGCGGGAAAAUGUGUGCAAACUAUUCACUGGGUUUUCGAUGUGAUUGGUUGAAAGAACAGCAUGUUUGCUCUGAUUGGUUAAGCAGGUUUCACGAACCUUUUGAACCAAUCACAGUACUCGGCAAAGUAAAAAUUACUUUCGUCUCUCAAGUGAAAACGCUUUUAGCAAGACCUAAUAGAUGCCUAAUUUCCUAGGAUUUACCUUGUAGUUGAAAUUCCACCUGGCAACGUGUUCUAGCAACGAGGCAGGGCACUAGAAUUUUGACUGUAGCAGUCAAAUGUGAGGGUAAAUACGAGGCCGCAGCUGCAAAGAACUAAUUUGAAUGUUUCUUUCUCUUUGAACAGUCGUGGCUGUUGCGCCAGGUAUAAUUACAAUCUAUUUAUUUGCUAUCAGAUCUUAUGAGCUUAAAAGCUCCAGAAUGUAUCGAUAGAUAUGGUUGAAAUAUACAUUGAACAUAAUUAUGAACGAAA